GGAGCAAUUUAGUUUGCUUCUUCCGAGUCUUUUCCGUCUUUUUUUCGCACCCGCCCUUCUUUGAGGUUGGGGCACUAUUUGGGAACAAGACAAAAGACGUGGUUUGGGAAUCUUUAUCAAUAUUUUUUUAUCACUAUCUAUCGUUUGGUGAUUGGUUACCCAGAAAAAAAUAAUGGAAGAGAAGAAGAACAGAGGUGUAAGGAGAAAGAUAGGUGGGUCUAUACGAUCCAUUUUCAUACAUGCAGAUGGUUUGGACUAUUGCUUGAUGGUCCUUGGCUUUCUGGGUUCGGUUGGUGAUGGUUUCACUACUCCUUUGGUGUUGUUAAUCACUAGCAAAUUAAUGAACAAUAUCGGUGGAGUUGGAUCAACCUCAACCUCUACAGAAGAUCUUUUUCUUAAGAGUAUCAAUACGAAUGCAGUGGCGCUCUUGUACUUGGCUUGUAUGUCAUUCGUGACUUGUUUCUUUGAGGGAUAUUGCUGGACAAGAACAGGGGAAAGACAAGCAGCAAGAAUGAGAGCUAGAUACUUAAAGGCAGUGCUACGCCAAGAUGUGGGAUACUUCGAUUUGCAUGUAACUAGUACGUCCGAGGUCAUCACUAGUGUCUCCAAUGACAGCCUCGUCAUUCAAGAUGUUCUUAGCGAAAAGCUACCAAACUUUUUGAUGAAUUUUGCGAUGUUUUCCGGAAGCUAUAUUGCUGCGUUCAUAAUGUUGUGGAGGCUAGCAAUUGUAGGAUUUCCGUUUGUGGUGCUUUUAGUAAUUCCGGGCUUAAUGUACGGAAGGACUUUGAUGGGUUUAGCUAGAAAGAUUCGAGAAGAGUACAACACGGCCGGGACCAUAGCAGAGCAAGCCAUAUCUUCGAUACGCACCGUUUAUUCAUUCGUCGGAGAAAGUAAAACCAUAACAGAGUUCUCUGCAGCCUUACAAGGCUCAGUGAAGUUAGGCUUGAAGCAAGGUUUGGCUAAGGGCUUGGCCAUUGGAAGCAAUGGCAUUGUCUUUGCUAUUUGGUCUUUUAUGUCAUAUUACGGCAGUAGAAUGGUGAUGUAUCAUGGGGCUCAAGGUGGAACUGUUUUUGCUGUUGGUGCAGCUAUAGCCGUUGGUGGAUUAUCUUUAGGAGCUGGUUUAUCAAACUUGAAGUACUUCUCAGAAGCAUGUUCAGCAGGAGAGCGCAUAAUGGAGGUGAUUAAAAGAGUUCCGAAGAUCGAUUCAGAGAGCAUGGAAGGUGAGAUAUUGGAGAAUGUUGCAGGCGAAGUUGAAUUCAGACACGUUGAGUUCGCAUAUCCGUCUAGGCCCGAAAGCAUAAUUUUCAAAGAUUUUUGCUUAAAGAUUCCAUCGGGAAGAACAGUGGCGUUGGUGGGAGGGAGUGGCUCGGGAAAAUCUACAGUUGUAUCACUGUUGCAGAGAUUUUAUGACCCACUUGGAGGUGAGAUAUGCCUUGAUGGGGUUGCCAUUGAUAAGCUCCAGCUCAAGUGGCUAAGGUCACAAAUGGGUUUGGUGAGUCAGGAACCGGCGCUUUUUGCAACCUCUAUUAGAGAAAACAUAUUGUUUGGAAAAGAAGAUGCUGAUUUGGAUGAGGUUGUUGAGGCUGCAAAAGCUUCUAAUGCUCAUAAUUUCAUCUCUAAGUUGCCUCAGGGCUAUGAAACCCAGGUUGGUGAGAGAGGUGUUCAAAUGUCAGGAGGACAAAAACAGAGAAUAGCUAUUGCAAGAGCAAUAAUAAAGAAACCCCGGAUCCUUCUUCUUGACGAGGCAACUAGCGCGUUGGACUCAGAAUCUGAGCGAGUUGUUCAAGAAGCACUUGACAAGGCCGCGGUGGGCCGAACCACCAUCGUCAUUGCCCACCGGCUCUCCACCAUUAGCAACGCCGACGUCAUCGCCGUUGUCCAAAACGGCCAAGUCAUGGAGACGGGGUCACACAACAGUCUUAUCGACCGGAACGAUGGUCUUUACGCCUCUCUCGUUCGCCUCCAGCAAAUGGAGAAGCAAAGGACCCCAGAAGAAUCAUCGUCAACAACGACAACAACAAGACACGUUGGCUCGUCUUCUAUCUCGAGCAUGGACUUGAACAACACCAGUAGCCGCCGGCUCUCGUUGGUGAGCCGCUCCAGCUCGGCUAACUCGGCCCGAGUUUCCCUAACUGUAAACGACGUGGUAGAAACUGAAAGUGCUCGACCAGUAGCGCUCCCGGUGCCAUCUUUUAGGAGACUGUUGGCUAUGAACCUCCCGGAGUGGAAGCAAGCGAGCCUUGGGUGCCUAAGCGCGAUCCUUUUCGGUGCUGUUCAACCGGUUUAUGCGUUCGCUAUGGGGUCGAUGAUAUCAGUUUUUUUCUUACCGGAUCACGAUGAGAUUAAGGAGAAGACUCGGAUAUACGCACUGUGUUUUUUAGGGUUGGCCAUAUUUUCGUUGGUUAUUAAUAUUUGUCAGCAUUACAAUUUUGCGUAUAUGGGAGAGUACUUGACUAAAAGAGUCAGAGAGAGAAUGCUUUCUAAGAUACUCACCUUCGAAGUUGGGUGGUUCGAUCAGGAUGAGAACUCUACUGGAGCUGUUUGUUCUAGGCUUGCCAAAGAUGCCAACGUGGUGAGAUCUUUAGUAGGUGAUAGGAUGGCUCUUCUUGUACAAACCUGCUCAGCUGUAAUAGUGGCAUGCACAAUGGGACUGGUAAUUGCAUGGAGGCUGGCCCUUGUCAUGAUCGCCGUCCAACCCCUCAUAAUCGUCUGCUUCUACACCCGUCGAGUCCUACUCAAGAGCAUGUCCAACCAAGCCAUUAAAGCCCAAGGUGAGAGUAGCAAGCUGGCUGCCGAAGCAGUUUCCAAUCUCCGAAUCAUCACAGCCUUCUCUUCCCAAGACCGAAUCCUCAAGAUGCUUGAAAAAGCCCAAGAAGGCCCAAGCCGAGAGAGCAUGCGCCAAUCAUGGUAUGCAGGAAUUGGGCUUGCUUCCUCUCAAAGCCUCACCACUUGUACAUGGGCCUUUGACUUUUGGUACGGUGGAAAGCUCAUUGCUGACCACUACAUCUCCUCCAAAGCCCUCUUUGAAACCUUCAUGAUUUUGGUAAGUACAGGCCGUGUCAUAGCUGAUGCCGGAAGUAUGACCACGGACCUAGCUAAGGGUUCGGACGCUGUUGGGUCGGUCUUCGCCAUAUUGGACCGCUACACUCGCAUAGAGCCAGAAGACCCAGAAGGCCAUCAGCCCGAAAAGAUAACGGGCCACGUAGAGCUGCGUGAUGUCCACUUUGCGUACCCAGCUAGGCCCGAUGUGAUGAUCUUUCAAGGCUUCUCGAUUAGAAUCGAGGCAGGAAAAUCAACUGCUUUAGUGGGCCAAAGUGGAUCUGGCAAGUCAACCAUUAUUGGAUUAAUCGAAAGAUUCUACGACCCUCUCAAAGGUGUGGUUAAAAUCAACGGUCGAGAUAUAAGGUCAUACCACCUAAGAUCACUAAGAAAACACGUGGCACUAGUGAGCCAAGAACCAACUCUAUUCGCUGGAACAAUCAAGGAGAACAUCACAUAUGGAGCGUCUGAUAUGCUGAGCGAGGCAGAGAUCAUUGAAGCGGCCAAAGCAGCCAAUGCGCACGAUUUCAUAUCGGCACUAAAGGAGGGCUUCGAGACAUGGUGUGGGGACAGAGGAGUGCAGCUCUCGGGUGGUCAAAAGCAAAGAAUUGCAAUAGCCCGGGCCAUACUCAAAAACCCUGCUAUUCUUCUACUGGACGAGGCGACUAGUGCCCUCGAUAGUCAGUCAGAGAAAGUAGUACAAGACGCGCUAGAGCGCGUGAUGAUUGGUAGGACGAGCGUGGUGGUGGCUCAUAGGUUGAGUACAAUUCAGAACUGUGAUACGAUUGCGGUUUUGGACAAAGGGAAAGUGAUCGAGAAAGGUACUCAUUCGUCUCUGUUGGACAAAGGUCCUCGGGGAGCUUAUUAUUCUCUAGUUAGCCUCCAACGAACGCCACCUUCCACCACCCACGCGCUCAACUAACUUCCUGAGCCUGUGGUGCAACGUACGCGCUGACGUAGCGCACUUUCUUUAAGGGCAAACCUCCCUAAUGGCUUCUCGAACUCGAACUGUACUUUCAAGCCCUUUCAAGCAAUGGGUGUAGACGUACGGCGAUUAGUAUAGCGAGAAGUUCCAGAAGAGGUUUUUUUUUUUUUUUUUUUAAUAAUAAUGGUCUUUGAUAGUAUGACAAGAUGUAUUGUACGUGUACUGGAACAAAGAGUUCCGGAAUAUUGAUUUGUCUAUGUAUAUAUAUUAUGGAUUUUUAUAAUAUAUUAUAAAAAUGUCUCACUACGUUUAUUUC